AUGGCCGACACGAACGCAAAGCUCCAGUCGCUGUUCGGCAAGAACAAGCUCAAGAAAAAGAAGUCCACGACCGUGAACGCCAACGUCAUUGUCAAGACGAGCGCGCAGAACGCCGAGCGUGCUGCUGUUGCUGCUGCUGAGGCCGCUGCUGCGCCAAAAGCUGCCGCGUCUGGUGCGCCUGCGACUGGGAAGAAACUGUCGGAUUUAUCGCUGAACAGAGCGGACGACGACGUGGAGAAGUCGGCUUUUCAGUGGGCCAAGCAGCCCAAGAAGUACAAGAAUCUGGAUGAAAAGGAAGCAGUGGCUACAACGUGGGCCGAGCGGGAACAGCGUCAGCGCCUCAAUCGCCGCAUUCCAUUGGACAAUGAGCGUGCGUUUCCAUCGUUGGGCGCAGACGUGGACGGUGUCAACGCUUCGCUUCAGAAAAACAUGAAGGCACCAGUCGCUAAGGCAGUAGCGACGAAGAACGCCUGGGCGUCGCUGCACGAUGAUGAAGACGAGGACUAG